UGGGGCACGUGAGAUAAGCGUGAUUUGAACGGAAAAAGAAUUUGAAGGCCGGCCCGUGGCCCAUUGGGGAACAACAAAUUGGGCCUGUUGCAAUUUAGAUUUGGAUCCUGUCACCGAUUCGAUUCAUAAACUGGGGCCAGCUGUUAAAACCCGGCUCUGAGUCUGUUAUAAAAACCCUAACCCUAACUUCGCUUCAGGGGUUUUUCUUUUCAUUUCUAUUCUGUAACAGAGCAGUUCAGAGCUUUGGUUUCUCUCCCAUCAUUUUCCACGAUGGUGAACGUUCCUAAGACAAAGAAGACCUACUGUAAGAAUAAGGAGUGCAAGAAGCACACCUUGCACAAAGUCACCCAAUACAAAAAGGGGAAGGACAGUCUUGCUGCUCAAGGAAAGCGUCGUUAUGAUCGCAAACAAUCAGGUUAUGGUGGACAGACAAAGCCAGUUUUCCACAAGAAGGCAAAGACUACUAAGAAGAUUGUGCUGAGGCUACAGUGCCAGGCUUGCAAGCAUGUGUCACAACACGCCAUCAAGAGAUGCAAGCACUUUGAGAUUGGAGGGGACAAGAAAGGCAAGGGGACAUCCUUAUUCUAAAUGAAUCAUUUUUGUCACUAUCUUAUUGUUUCGCACUUGUUGUAACUGAAGCCAGCAUUGAAUUUUGUUGUUUACAUUGCAUUGUUGCUAAUUUGGUAAUCUCAUUCCUAAUGGUGUUUCCUAAUCAA